CAAACCCUUGCGUGUCUUGGGUAAGCUCUCCGAACACAAACCACAACCCCCUCCCAACUCACGCGUUCAUCCGCCAGAAAGCUGGAACGGUUGAUUUCAGCAACCGCUUCAUAAUCAUCGAAGAAAGGCGCCCUUCCGCGUCCCUACACAACAUCAAACAGCGCCUGGUUCGUCUGCCCUUACUUUGGUCAGACGACUUACUCAAGCAAGCGGUACCUGUACUGUACACCAACAAUCAGCGCAUCCUGUCGCCGUCAUUCUACCAUAGAAUGGGAUUGAUGACAAUGGCCCAACACCGGCAGGCGCCCCGCCAAUUCAAGGAAGAGCCCGGUCAUGACUCGCACCACACCCACCAACAGCAGGGUCCUGUCCCCCCGCAUCUGCAGCACUCGCGGCCCUCGAGCGUGGUUCAUCAGCAGCAUCACCCCCAGCCCACCGCGCAGCAGCAGCAGCACCACCAGCAACAGCAACCACAACAUUCGGGCGCGUACGCAUACCCGCAACAAAACCAGGGGAGCAACACCCAGGACCACGGCCUGCCCUCGUACUACGCGCAUCCAAGCCCCUACAGCACACCGGGUGGGACGAGCGGAUACACGUCCGCAGCAUCGCCCUCGGGUCACGACCAGCAGCGAGGCAUGUACGGCCAGCCUCCAUCUCAACUACAACAUCAACCCAUGUACUAUCCGGCUCCCCAGCAGCAGUACUCGUCCAUGCCGGCCCAGGCCGCGCAGUCGCCCUAUGCCUCGCAUGCGCAACAGCCUCAUCAGCCGAUGGGAUCCCAGGCCGGCAUGAUGAUGUCACACACCCCUCCCCAGCACCCCAUCAGCCAGCAUCCCACGCAGCACGCGCAGUCAGGGAUGACGGUCAGCCCGCGCCCGGAUAAGAUGGAGACGCACGCGCUCAGCCACCGGAUAUCGGGGACAUCAGCCCCAGUGGCCAUGAACAACACGCCGUCAACGAGCCCCCAAAACGGCGCCUCUCUGUCUACGCCCACCACCUCUUCCGGCGUGAACCCGAACGCGGCCCCGGGCCCGAUCCCGGCAACCACGCCGCUGGUUGUCAGGCAGGACACUAACGGUGUCCAAUGGAUCGCCUUCGAGUAUUCGAGGGAUCGUGUCAAGAUGGAGUACACCAUCCGUUGCGAUGUUGAGUCGGUGAACCAAGACGAGUUGACGCCCGAAUUCAAGUCGGAGAACUGCGUCUACCCGCGCGCGUGCUGCCCCAAGGAACAGUACCGCGGUAACCGGUUGCAGUACGAGACAGAGUGCAACACGGUCGGUUGGGCGCUCGCGCAGCUGAACCCGCCCCUCCGGGGCAAGAGGGGCCUCAUUCAGCGCGCCGUGGACAGCUGGCGGAACAGCAACCAGGACCCUCGGCUGAGGAGCCGUCGCGUCCGGCGUAUGGCCAAGAUGAACUACCGCAACCAGAAGGCGGGCUCGACCACCCCUCAUACUGCUCAGUUGCCCGCGCCCGCUGCUCCCGGCUCAACGGCUCUAACGCCGACGGCCAUGGCCCCGGGCAGCAAUCCGGCCAUGGCUAAGCCGGUCAUGAACAACAUGGCCCCCCAGAUGCAUCACCACCACGGCGGUCAGCAGGACGGAAGCGCUCAGGGAGGAGACGAAGUCGGCGAAGGGGACUACUCAGGGGACCAGCAUCAUCACCACCACCAUCACCAUCACCAGCCACCUACCCAAUCCGGCACAGAGGAACGCCCAGCCCAUGUUUUCUCCGGCUACGGUUCCUACAGCGGAGCGCCGCCGCAGGGAUCCUCGAUGCCGUCCAUCCACGACGCCCUGGGUGACGGCAACCACGCGCCCCUCGCCGCCGCCCGCCGGACGAGCCACUCCCGCGGGGACCCGGACAUGCCCGAGGAUCUCUUCCCGGACAUCCCCGAGGCCAAGAAGCGCAAGUUCAUCCUGGUAGAGGACAGCGACCGGCAGAGCCGGCUGCGCGUGCGCGUCACGCUCGACGGCGUCGACACGCGCGAGAUCCCGGACAGCUUCCGCAAGAGCAGUAGCGUCUACCCGCGCAGCUACUUCCCGCGCGAGAUGCAGAGCCCCCCGCCCAGCGCCACGGGCAGCAAGUUCUUCACCGACGACGCGAGCGACGGCGAGGAUGACGGGACUACCGAGACGGAAGGCGGUGGUGGUCGCCGGUCCGGACGGCGCCCCGGCGCGUCGUCGAAGCGCGGGAGAGUCAUGGUCAAGGUGCCGCUGGCCGAGGGCCAGGAAGGCGAGGUGGCUAUCCCGAGGAUGCGCAAGGUCUUCCGGGGCAAGGAGGUUCGCCUCAACGACCUGGGCUAUCGCAUGGCGUGGCUGCAGAGCAGAGUGUUUGCCGGAAGGACGGUGUUUUUGCAGCGAGCUUUGGACUGCUACCGCAACAAGACGCGUAGUGCCAUGGAGAGCAUCAUGCAGGACGUCAAGACGGCUGCGCCGCACUACGAGACCCGCGUCGGCAAGCGGAAGUUCAACGACAGAAUGCGUGCCGAGAGGGAAGCGGAUGACUGA